CUAUCUUGUACUACUAUAGUACUAUACUGUAUACUAUAGCUAGCUAGCUCUGCUCGUACAGUCUCCAUAUAUAUAUAUAUAUAUAGUAAAGAAGCUUAUUAUUCACGCAAGAGACUACACCCUGAGCUAGUAUUAUCUGAGAGGGCUACAAGAUGAUUCCAGUAUCUGAUGAGACGAUCGAGUUUGUUAGCUACUAUGAAAACAUCAUGAAAAAGUUCUACCACGAGCACUACUAUAUACUAGUGAUAUCCAUCGUGACUCUGUGCAUGACCGUAUUUCUCAUCUUCUUUGCCAUUGCUGUACGAAAGGCCGAUAGAGAGCUAGCGGAGGAAAAAAAAGAAAAAGAGAAGAAGACUGCCACCUCUAACAAAGGUAAAACUCGUAACAACUCAUCGUCGUCGGAUACGGGCAACGGCCGGAAGGUUCGGUCGAGUAAAGGAGUUAAACUAACAACUCUGAAGAAAACUACACUCCCACCACACCCCCUCUUAGCCGCAGAGUUCAAAGGUCACACUGGAUCUAUAUGUGGUCUGGAUUUCGACGUAAACAGCAAAUAUCUAGCGUCUUGUUCAAAUGAUCGUACUGUGAGGCUGUGGCAUAUGAAGAGUUUGAAUGAUAAAGAGCACAAGUACACCCGUAAGAAUAUUGAACUAGAUCAUGCCAGUCACCUUCGCUUCAGUCCGGAUGGAACGGCUGUAGUGGUGAGCCUUGCUGUGGCCAAAACCGUUGCUGUGUACAGGAUCACCAAGGCAACGGCCGGUAGCUUUGCUCUGAGCAAAACUGACGUCACCUUCCCUCAAUGUUCUUCUGAAGUGCUUUCUCUGGACAUGGCUAGUACAGGACGAUACAUUAUGAGCUACACUGACCAGCACUUCACUGUGUGGACCCUCAAAGGUGAAGUGCUGGCCGAGGUGGUCACCAACCAGGCCCCUAACACAUGUGCAGUGGUGUCACCAUGUGGCAAGUUUGUAGCUACAGCAGGAUUCACAUCUGAUGUCAAGUUGUGGGAGGUUGUAUUCAACAAGAGCGGAGAGUUCACAGAGGUCACUCGGGCCAUGGAACUGUCUGGUCAUCGUGCAUCAGUGCUCAGCGUAUCCUUUAGCAGUGACUCCAAGAGAGCUGCUACAGUGUCUAAAGAUGGCACUUGGAAGUUCUGGGAUAUUGAUGUUCGCUACAAUCUGCAUGAGUCCCCCAAGCUCUUGCGGACAGUCCCCCUCCCAGAGAAAUGGGCGGGGUCUCUCAUUGCUCUUUCCCCUGAUGCUAAAGUGGUGGUUGUGUCCUGCCACACCUCCAUCCACCUUUACCUGACCUCCAGUGGGGAAAUAGCUGAGUCACUGUCGGAUGUCCACAGAGACACUAUCAGUGCUCUAUGUUGGGAGCCCACUUCGCGCUACCUUGCCUCUGGAGGGGGGGAGGACCGUCAUGUGAGGGUGUGGCACAAUACUCCCGGGCUCAGGGAACUGACGACAGACCUAGAGGAGCGGAUCACCAAGGCAACCAACAACGAAUCUUUCAAGAAACGACUUGAGCAGCAAUUGGCAGAUGUGAAGCAACAGUUGAAGAGUGCAGGGGUCAUGUGAGCUGCAGGGGUCAGGGUUAGAGUGCAGGGGUCAUGUAAGAGCAGCAUAUCAGUGACACUAUGGUAGUCUAGUGGUAUGGACUAUAUAGAGAAUUGCAUUUUGUAUUGUUCAAUCAUCAUAAGCUUUAGUUUGCAAAUCCA